AUGUCCAAGGAGCUUCUCCUCCUUUGGCUGGUGAUGGAGCUCUGGUGGCUUUAUCUGACACCAGCUGCCUCUGAGGAUAAAGUAAUAGGGUUUUUGGGCCAGUCGGUGACUUUGCCUUGUCAUUACUCAUCCUGGUCCCAGAGCCGCAACAGCAUGUGCUGGGGCAAAGGUGCAUGUCCCAAUUCCAAGUGCAACCAGGAGCUUAUCCACACAGAUGGAAGGACAAUCACCUCCAGGAAGUCGCUAAAAUACACACUUUGGGGGAAUAUUCAGCAGGGCGAGGUGUCCUUGACCAUCUCAAAUGCCAAUCAAGGUGACAGUGGUGUGUACUGCUGCCGUAUAGAGGUGCCUGGCUGGUUCAAUGAUGUCAAAACGACUGUGCGCCUGGAGCUGAGGAGAGCCCCAACAACCACAAGACCAACCACAACCACUCGCCCAACCACCACCCCUUACGUGCCCACCACCACAGAGCUUCCAACAGCAGUCUUGACCACACCUGAGCCCAUAACUGCAACACCACCUCAGACACUGGCCACCUCUGUCCUCACAACAGCAGCAACCACGUGCCCCUCAACAAUGCCCAGCUCCUUCUUGCCAGAAACCACAAGUUUUCCAAACACUGAGAUCUUCACCAAGGGGUCUGCCAUCACUGCAGAAUCAGAAACCGUUUCUUCAUCCAGCGUGGCGACCACAUCUGCAGGCGCAGCCUUGCUCAUACCCACAGGGUCCGAAGCUUGGAUUCUUCCAUCAACUUCACAGCAGAUGACACAGAAUAUGGAAUUAAAGACGAGCAAGCCUUCGGCGAGAAGGGUCAAAUCAAGUCAGACCAAUAGACAGACCAACAUCUUGAUCAUUGCUUGCUGCGUGGGGUUUGUGCUGAUGGUGUCACUGUUUCUGUUAUUUCUUCUUCGAGGUAAGGUGGGCAGGGCCAGAUUCACAGAAGCCAAUUGUUUGCAGAGACACAAGAGGCCAGAUAACAUUGAAGAUUGUAAAAGUGUCCUCAAUGACAUGUCACAUGGAAGGGAUGAUGAAGAUGGAAUCUUUACUCUCUAA